UGACGUAGGAGGAAGGAGACGCCAUUAGAGGGAGGCGGAGAAGGAGCGCUGUUCGCCUUUUCCUGGGUGCCUGACGUGGUCGCUGGGGCCCUUCAUUCUCCGACCGCCGGUCGGCUCGUCCAGGCCUCGUCCCCGCAGGAGUGGAGACGGCCUCAGCGUUGGCCGGGCUGGGGCGGUGGGGCCUGCGCGGGCCGCGGCUGUAGAGGCGCCGCGGAGACCGUGGGGAACUCGGCGCGGCUCUAGGGCUCGAGCGACCGGGAAGCGCCAGAAUGGCUGCGGCCGGCGGCGGGGCGGCGGCGGCGGGCCGAGCAUACUCGUUAAAGGUGGUGCUGCUGGGGGAAGGCUGCGUGGGGAAGACGUCGCUGGUGCUGCGCUACUGCGAGAACAAGUUCAACGACAAGCACAUCACCACUCUGCAGGCAUCAUUCCUAACAAAGAAGUUAAAUAUUGGUGGGAAAAGAGUAAACCUUGCUAUAUGGGAUACAGCAGGUCAAGAGAGAUUCCAUGCUUUGGGUCCAAUUUACUACAGAGAUUCAAAUGGAGCCAUUUUAGUUUAUGAUAUAACAGAUGAAGAUUCUUUUCAGAAGGUAAAAAACUGGGUCAAAGAAUUACGGAAAAUGUUGGGAAAUGAAAUCUGUUUAUGUAUAGUUGGUAAUAAAAUAGACUUGGAAAAGGAGAGACAUGUUUCCAUUCAAGAAGCAGAAUCAUAUGCAGAAUCUGUGGGAGCAAAGCAUUAUCAUACUUCAGCCAAACAGAACAAAGGAAUUGAGGAACUCUUUCUUGACCUUUGCAAAAGGAUGAUAGAAACAGCACAAGUGGAUGAGAGGGCAAAAGGCAAUGGCUCCAGUCAGCCAGGAGCUGCAAGGAGAGGUGUACAGAUUAUUGAUGAUGAACCUCAAACCCAGAGCAGUGGUGGAGGUUGCUGUUCUUCUGGAUAACUGUUCACACCUAAGAAAUUAAAAAAACAAACUGUGGAUCAUUGCCCUCAACAUGAAGACUGCCAUAUUCCAAGUCACGUUAUUUUACCAAUGGAAUUAUAGGAUUAACAGUAUUUUAAAUUACGUUUAUAACACUGCAGAGACCUUAAGUGCUAAACUUAGUGGAGUUUGUGACCAGAGAAUUGGCAUUUUCUACAAAUGUUAACAAAGCAAUUACCAAUGGCCUUUUUACAUAUUUUUUCUUUAAUAAGGAAUAAUAUGCAUGUAGAAAAGACCUACUUAAAGGCUUCAUUUAUAUUCUUUUAAAUCAAAUCUUUAUUUAAUAACUUAUAUAUGUUGUUGGAAUGAUAUACAUUUUUGCAGCCCUUUGUAUUUUGUGGUAGUUUGAAUUGUAUCACUUCUAAAUAGCAGACUUUUUGUUUUGUUUUUUUAAUUAGCAGAUACCUGAAGUACUAUUUUUGCAGGGUUUGCACAGGCCCCUAACUGUCUACUACUUUGAUAUAAUCUAUAUACAUCCUGUAUGCUGAGCUGGUAAAAUACAUUGUACAUUACACAUUAAAUAUUUUAUCUGCUUUUAUAAGCGCAAGGUGCAAAAAUAUAUACAAUAGUCUCAUUGAUAACUGUAAAGUGAAUUAACAUUUGGUGAUAAUGCCUAAGCUUUUUGACUCUGUUAUAAAGAUCAUAGUUACCUUUCACUUUUGUCUUAACUUGAAAGUGAUGUGUUUAAAUUUUCACAUAUACAUUACUUGAAUUAUUGCUGUUGUCACAUUUUUUUUUUUUUUUGCCUAAGUCCAUCUGAUGAUCGAACCUCAGCACUUGCCUUUGUAUGUUUUGUUUUGUUUUGUUUUUGAUAAAAGAGAUGCCUUCUCAAUUUUCCUUUAGGGUGGUUCCCUUAGAUUGUUUGAGUGGAGCAUGUUGGGUUUCACUUUUGCAACGGUUUGGGUUUUCUCUUCCUUUAUGUGAGUGAGAUGGGUUUGCUGGUGUGAGAAGAGAGGAAGUGGGUCCCGGGUAGUAGCCACUCACCAGUACUCAUUCACACAGCAUGUUGAUGUUAGUUUAUGCUCCUGAGGCAACUUUUAGAUGCUUUGUCAGCAAGUUGUAUUUGUUCAUUACUUGCCAGAGCUAAACACAGAAAGCUUUGUUCAUUUUUACAAACUAUCCUAAGUUUCUGUGAGGGAAAAUAUUUCAUGUAAUGCAGUUAUAGUGAACACUGGAAAGAUUUGUUAUAAAAUUAUAUUCUUGUAUACUUUGUAAAUUAGUCUCAUUAGGGUUUUUUUUUUUUUCAUAAACAUAGAACUUAAAUUUGUUUAUUUUAAUAGAAUCAGGCACUGCUCACAGAAAGAACACAAAUUGUGGAAAUCAAUAUAAAUUGUUCUUCUUAUAUAUAUUUUUCCAUUUCUGUCAUGCUUGGAAAACUAGUAAAUGUUAUGUCUAAUAUAAAAUGGAAUGGUUCCUGGAUUUGCUUCUUAUUAGAAACAGUAGUAUGCAAUAAAGCUAUUAGCAUGAGCAGUUAAGAGGCAAUGGGUAGAUAAUAGUUACUAAAGUAGAAUCACCAUAUUUUUAAGUUAAUAGCUUAAACUUUCCCAAAUGGGUUAAAAAUUGAAUGAACUGAUAAUUUGAUAUUAUGAUACUGGAAUUUUAACUUAGUAGUAGGUAUUUUCUGAGCCUUCCCUUAACCUUCUUUAAUUGCCCUUGCCAAACUCAACCAUUGGCCUCUGUGUGUGUUGGGGAGUGUGGGGUGGGAAGAGUCUGAGAGAUAAACUAAAAUUGUCUUUAAUAGGAUGACUAUACUCUGUAGUUACUUGGUUUCCUGUUUAUGUGAGGGUUUGGAAAGAGGAAAACGGAAUCAUGAGUACAGGAAUCACGAUGCAGGAAAAAUUGCUUUUGCCCUCUUGGUUCUUUCUGAGGUUGUAGAGGAAGCCUUGUCAUUUCUACUCUUGUAGUUAUAUCCAAGAAACAAGCUCCUGUUCUUUGAAUGAAAUAUAUUUUUAAACUAGUUAGAGAUGAAAAAUUGAGCUUUAUUCCCAAAAACAAUGUUAGAAAGUCUGAUGAUUGGAGACCUAUAUACUCUUAAUAGUAAUGAUACAGAGUCCAGAUUGAAACCUCUGUUCCAGCAAUGCCAGAUAAUUAUUGUUGGGGUUCAACCACUCUAUUGUUAUUUAAACAUGCUCCUUUGGUUUCUGUAUAUCUUUCUUAAGCAAACACUUCAUUCCUUUUUUUCUAACCUGUUAAUUCAAUAGCAAUAGAUAAUGUCUUUGCUUUGAAGCCUAAAAUGUCUUUAGGGCAAGGAAUAGGGUGGAAGAGGAGUAAUGGCUUGUACUAUGAAUACAAAGGAAAGAUAGAGAUAAGAAGCAAGGUUGAGAAAAUUUUCCCAAUACAUUCAUAACAUCUUUAAUGUUUUUUUGUAUUCCUGUCCUUACAAUUGUACUAUUAGGAAGAAGAUACAAGUUAAUCAUGUGUUGUAUGUUGAAAGUAAUAGGUAGGUAGAACCAAGAUAUUUUCAACUAGUAAGUACAUACACUUAGUGUAUAUAAUUAAAAAAUGUUUCAAGAUCGUCAUUCAAAAAGUAUCUGAAUACUUUUAUCAUGAUAAAAGUAUAGUCAUUGUUGCUACAAUGAUGAUGGGUAUUCAUGUUUUGUUUAGUGGUCAUAGAGGAAGAUUGUUUUUAAAAAUCAUUGCAACAAUUUUGGGGUAAAUGAAAAAAGCUUCAUACUAUCAUGAAAUAUGAGUGUUUAAAAUUUGACUUGUUUUGAGGAUAUCUCCUAAAAAUACCUUAAAGCUAUGAAUGUUACAGCUAAAUUGAAAUCUUAAAAAUCUUAUGGCUACUGUAGGCUAGCCAUACAGUAUUUGUGAUCUUUAUUUGAUGUUAAAGUAAUAAAAAAGAAUGAUAUUUCAUCUUCAGAUUUUCGGUAAGAAAAAAUUGGGGGACAACUGAGGUGUAGAAUGAAAAUUAUCUACAUCCUGACAAUUUUUAAAGUCAUUUUGAAACAUACAUUUAUCAAAGUUUCUAAAUUGGCAAGCUAUGUAUUGUGCCAAAUAUUUAGAACAAUUUAAACAAUAAAUUUACACCUUUUAUUUCUGUUAAUAUAUAAUUUGCAGUUCUAUAUUAUAAAUGCUAUUUGGAGUCUAGAUCAUCUUAUCUCCAGCGAAUUUAGUUUACCCUUAUAAAUUACCACUUACAUUAUCUUUAGAAGUGGUUGCAUCUGUGCCUUUAACUUUUGAAAUUCAUGAUUUGCCUUCUUUUUAUCAUUAUCAUUUUUUCACAAUUUAUAGAUAACACUGUGACAAAGAGGAAAUACUUUGUGACAAUUUAAGAUGUUGAGAUCUUCUAGAAAAGGGGGUAGAUAGUAGUCAACAAAAGGAGCCUUACAAUAAUGUUAAAGAUACAGAUUGAGUAGAUCCUUAAAUAAUUUUUCUAAAUUACAAAAUACAGUACCUAGAUUUUAAUAAUUCAAGGCUGGAAUUCAUUGAACAUACACAUUUAGCUGAUUUUGAUAAUGGCAUUGAUUGUAGUAGAUUGUUCUGUAAUUUUGAGUCAACUAAGUAAUAAUAAGUUUGAUGUGGGAAAAAAUUCGUGCUACACAUGUGGCAUAUUGUGUGACUUUGAUGGCCUUUACCUUUUUAGGAAAACACAUUAGUCACAAUUCUGAGUAAAUAUUCCUAAAUGUAAGUAUUUUAGUAUUAAUCAUGUAAAAAUAUUACAGAUACUCUUCAAGCAUUUCUAAUUUCAUGUAAAAUAUACUUCCCUUCUAAACACAUAUCCCUUUAAUUUGAUAGAUGGUUAGCACUGCUUGUGCUAUUCAGGAUAUGUAGAACAUCUCUUUUCUGAGAAACUGGGUGUACUUUUGAGUGUUAACCUUUCAACUGCAACAUUUUUCUGCAUUAAAUGAACAUGGCACACCUAGCAAGAAUCUUUUUUUUUUUUUUUUAGAUUAUUUAUUUAUUUAUACAAGCACUGGGUACAGUCAGAAGUGUGGGAGGGUGAGAGAAUUCACCAGAGCCAGAGCAGGGAGCAGAGCAGGCAGAGUGACAAAAUACACUGCUGAGGGGAGCAGCGGGCAGCAGGAGAGGUCUGUCGCGCCAUGUGGGACUUUCACCGGGGGUCAGGGAUUGAACCGUUGCUGCGGAGCCUGCGGGCAGCUUUGCAGCCCAGCGCUCAACCGCUGUGCCACCAGGGGAGGCCCAAGAAUCUUAUUCUUAAAAAGCAUCUUGUCCUCUUCAGAAGCCUGGACAUACUUCCAAAUAUACCACAUUAAAGCCAGAAAGUGAGUCUGCCUUCUUAAAUCUUUAUUUUCACUGUAUAUCUGUUUGCACUUUAUGAUACCUUGUGGUAACUCUAUUUCUUCAUUAUCAAGAAAAAGCUAUUAUGAUUUCAAUAAGUUCAAAUUUGUGUAGAACAAUGAGAUAGGAAGACUAGCAGGGAUAAAGUAUGAUAAUGGACAACAGUGGUAUUUGUUAUAUUGUAUCUUCAUUACUAACUUAAGGAUUUAACAUUUUUACAUAAAUUAUGUCUUACCAUGCUUGUUUUUCAACUUUUUUACCAACAUGUCUAGAAAUUCAUGUUAGUAUAUGCAGGCUUUUUCAUUUUGUUUUCCUCCACAUUUUGGGGUGUGUUUGCCUUUUUAAAGUAACCUUUGAUUUUUCCAUUAAACCCUCCUAAAGAAACCUGGCGAAUUGGGUAGAUUUCACUAGAAUCAUAAAAUUUAAAUUCAAGCCACUGCUCAUCUUAGACAUAAACAGUCUCCGUUAAGCAUAUUAAUCACGAAACUAGAAAGACUUAUGUUUACAAUUUGCUAGAAUUUCAUGUUUUGGGCCUUCUAUGAUUGAUUAAUACAUGAAAUUCAUGAGUUAGUUUUAGUAGUAGAGUAUUUAGAAUAGGUUUUUAUUUGAGGGAAGAAGAAAAGAGGGAAAGUAUAGCGCUAGGGGAAGAGUACAAGGUAAACUAAAAUAAGUGUGCAUCUCCAACUAGCUAUAUAACACAAGGCUUCAUGCGGUCUGAAAGUUAAAACUUGUGUUUGAUUUAUGUCUUUAAUUACAGUAAAAAAUGAAAGUCUGAUUUUAGAUCUUCCCCAACCAUCUCACAUCCCACAUGAGAGGUAACCACUGUUAACAAUUUGUAUGUCUCUGGGCCUCCCUAGUGGCGCAGCGGUUGAGCGCUGGGUUGCGAAGCUGCCCGAAGCCUCUGCAGCGCCGGUUCGAUCCCCGGCUGCUUCCCAGCCACCGGAGGAGGGUCCCACAUGGCGUGCAGACCUCUCCUGCCGCCCACUGCUCCCCUCAGCAGUGUGCUUCGGUCCUUCUGCCUGCUCUGCUCCCCACUCUGGCUCUGGUGAAUUCUCUCACCCUCGCGCGCUUCUGACUGUACCCAGUGCAUGUAU